AUGUACUCCAGCAAUUUGAUUGGGUUCAUAUUGGCCGUUGUUUCCGGAGCUUUCAUCGGCUCCAGUUUCAUUAUCAAGAAAAAAGGUCUCCAACGUGCCGGCCUUAACGGCACUCCAGCUAGUGUCGGAGGCUAUGGUUAUCUUCUUCAGCCACUUUGGUGGAUCGGAAUGAUUACAAUGAUUGUCGGCGAGAUUGCGAAUUUUGUAGCAUAUAUUUAUGCCCCUGCCGUGCUUGUUACUCCGCUUGGUGCUUUGAGUAUCAUUGUCAGUGCUGUGUUGGCUCAUUUCAUGUUGGGUGAGAAGUUACAGAAAAUGGGCAUGCUUGGGUGUCUUCUAUGCAUUGUUGGAUCCACUGAGAUCGUGCUCCAUGCACCCCAAGAAAGGUCUCUUAGUUCUGUGCUGGAGAUAUGGCUUUUGGCUGUUCAACCAGCUUUUCUCUUGUACAUAGCCUCGGCAAUGGCUCUGUCAUUCUUUUUGAUUUUUUACUGCGCACCUCGCUAUGGCCAAACCAAUAUCUUUGUUUAUAUUGGAAUAUGCUCCAUAAUUGGAUCAUUGACUGUCAUGAGUGUAAAAGCGAUUGGCAUUGCCAUUAAACUUACAUUAGAUGGUUCAAAUCAAUUUGUCUACUUUCAAACAUGGAUUUUUAUAGUGGUCGGCGUUUCCUGCAUCAUUACUAAUUUAAAUUACCUUAAUAUGGCAUUGGAUACUUUCAACACAACGGUCGUUUCUCCAAUCUAUUAUGCAUUGUUCACUUCUUUUACAAUAUUAGCCAGCGCAAUCAUGUUUAAGGACUAUUCGGGACAAAGUAUAAGCAGUAUUGCAUCGGAGCUAUGUGGUUUCAUCACUGUUUUAUCUGGAACAACUGUAUUGCACUGCACUAGACUACCGGAUCCUCCAGUUAGUACAGAUGUGUACAGUCCCCUGUCUCCAAAAGUAUCAUGGUAUUUCCAACCAGGAAACGGCGAACCCUGGAAACAGAAAGAAGAAGAUGGACCGCCCCUUAAUUUAAUUACGAUUACCCAGCAAGACCAUUUCAAGUGA